AUGGAUCUGGGAUUGGAAGGUGCAGGGGCACAGGAGUUUUUCGAUGAGCUUUCGGAAGAUGAUCACAUGCCAGGGGUGGAAGAAGCGGAAGAGGCAAAAGAUGGAAAGAAGAAAAAGGCCACAGCGGCAAAGAAAAAGACUGUGAGCAAUCGCGUAACCUUGAACGAAAAUCGCGUUACAGGAAAGCAAGGUCUCGUUAAAUAUUUGUCAUACUUCCAGAAUAUGAAUUUGUCAAAGGAGAAAAACUCUGAGUACGCAAAUCUUCAAAUCUUAAUGUCGCGGUUAGAGCGUUGGAGCCACGAUUUGUAUCCGAAAUUUACGCUGGACGCGACUCUCCAGAAGAUUGAAUCAAUGGGCACGAAAAGCCUCGUAAGGAAUACAAUCAAGCGUAUUCGGCUAAAUGAGCUCAACGAACAGCUUGAUAACGAAAACGACGACUCAGUGCGCCGUGGCGAUGUAGCGCAAUCAGCAGAGGCUGCAUUUGAUGAUCUCGCCCAGUUGGAUGAAAUGAUAGAAUCGAACCGGAAGCGCGCACUUUCAGACCCCGAAUCGGGCGAAUCACAUAACCCACCGAAAAAGACAUUGACGGACGAGCAAAAAGCUAGAAUGGAAGAAAACAAGCGAAAAGCGCUAGAGAAAAAGAGAGCUCGCGAAAUGGAAGCCCUUGAAAAGGCAGCCGAAGAAGCUCGACAAAGAGAAGAGGACGAGCUACUCGCUGAUUUCGACAUGUAA